AAUAAAUAAUUAAAAACCAUUAUUGUAAGGAUCUGUGAUCCCGCCAUAUGUAGCUCAGUCACAGUGGUGUUCAUUUAUCCUUCCAUAAAACAUGGGUUAAAAAAAGGCAAUUAAAAGCAAGAUUACAGUCCUGUCCUUUCUGGCAAUGGCUGAUCAUGUUGAAAUUUGGGGUUGUGUGUUGCUCCCUGCCCAGCACAGCAUUGUUAGUUUUACUUCCCCAUGUUUGGUUGGAAGUUGUCAGAGGUCAGAGAUCAUGUUGAAGACCCAAAUACCGGUAUUUGUCACAGUGUACAUCCAGACUUGGUUUUUUUUAAUGGUGAGAGAUUAAAGCAGCACACCUAUUCCCACUCCCUCCCAAAACCAAGGUGGUUUUCUCAGCAGCAAGGGAUUUCCUAGUCUUCUCCGCUACUCUGCAUGUUGUAGAGACUUUGUACAGCCCUGAUUUCAUUUGCUUGGGGGACAUGGAACAAGUAAAAGUGGUGUUUCCUAAGUAGUAACCUUGCACUAACAGCUGAGAAAGGUAAAUAAAUGAAUUUGAUGCUAAACAUUCAAUUCAAAAAUACUGUGUGUAUAGUUAAGUAAGAAAUCGAAUGGCAAUGACUGAAAUACAGAAUUUGGCAUUUAGUGUUUACAUGGCAGUGGGGUUAGAGAGAGGCUAUUGACUGAGAGCAGUGUGAUGUGACGUGAAUGGCAAAAGGCGGGUUGCUGAGGGACGCAGAGCUGCAGAACAGGAUAUUCCACAUCUACCAGGCAGAGGUUGAUCUGGAAGAAAGCCAGAAGUGGUUUGUGAAAGCAACAAUAGCUUAAGGUGGUCUUGCAGAAAGGCAGAAGACUAAGGAUGUUAUUAACACCAGUGAAGGCUCCUUUGCUGUUUAACGUUGGGUACUAGAACAGCAAGAUAAUAAACUUGCCAUGCCACGUCUACUGUGCCUCAUUUGCAGUAAUAAAUAUUCAGAGCAACUUCCUCAAACUAAAAAUGUUGCAGGAGCUUUCCGUUCAGAUCAUGGGAGCAUUUCGAUGAUCCAGCACAACAGUAACUAGGAAAUUAGAGGGAAAUGUCUUCGAAAACAAGGUUGGUUGUGAAAGAAGUAGCUCCCGGGGAUGUUAAUGCGCCAAUAUGCUGCUCUGCUCGCCUCAGCUUAGCGGUCUGGGCCUUCUUGGGAUUCUUUCUCUUAUAUGCACUUCGUGUCAAUUUAAGUGUUGCCCUGGUGGACAUGGUAGAAUCAAAUGCAAGCUUGACCAAAAAUACUUCUUCAAAUGUGUGCAAAGAACAUUCUUCUACCCCAGUUGUUCCUCGUAACACUACGGGGAAAAAGUAUCCAUGGGAUGCAAAUACUCAAGGCUGGAUCCUUGGUUCCUUCUUCUAUGGCUACAUCAUUACACAGGUUCCUGGUGGAUAUCUUGCCCGCCAGUUUGGUGGAAAGAAGCUGUUGGGGUUUGGCAUCCUGGGCACUGCCAUUUUCACCUUGUUCACACCUUUGGCAGCAGAUUUGGGAGUCGGGUACCUCAUAGCUGUCAGAGCUUUGGAAGGCCUGGGUGAGGGUGUCACAUUUCCUGCCAUGCAUGCCAUGUGGUCCUGUUGGGCUCCUCCACUGGAACGCAGUAAACUUCUUAGUAUUUCAUAUGCAGGUGCGCAGCUAGGAACUGUUGUGUCUCUUCCAUUGUCUGGCUUGAUCUGUUUUUAUAUGAAUUGGAUUUAUGUGUUCUACAUAUUUGGUGCCCUAGGUGUGCUGUGGUUCAUCUUCUGGAUGUUGAUAGUUAGCGACACACCAGAAACACACAAGAGAAUUUCUCAUGCAGAAAAGGAAUACAUCCUCUCCUCCCUUACAGAUCAGCUUUCUACUCAGAAAUCCAUCCCUUGGGGAGCCAUACUCACGUCACUUCCACUCUGGGCUAUCGUCGUAGCACACUUUUCUUAUAACUGGACUUUCUACACACUCCUUACCCUAUUGCCUACUUACAUGAAGGAAAUUCUGAGGUUUGAUGUGCAGGAGAAUGGAUUUUUAUCUGCACUGCCUUAUUUUGGCUGCUGGAUUUGUAUCAUUCUAUCUGGUCAAUUCGCUGAUUAUUUGCGGGAAAAGCAAAACAUGCCCACCGUAUGUGUUCGCAAAACAUUUACCCUGAUAGUAGUAACAAGAGCAUUCCUGCGCAACUUGUGUUCCAUAAUACCAAAUGCAGCUCCUCAACUCAGCCUUGUAUGGUGGCCCACCAAGGACUUUAUAAACACUUCACUUUUGCUGCUUUUGCUCUCAGUAAAUGGAAUGAUUGGACCUGCGGUUUUCCUUGUAGCAGCUGGAUUCAUAGGCUGCGAUUAUGAAAUGGCUGUUGCAUUUGUAACCAUAUCCACAACACUAGGGGGUUUUUCUACAUCUGGAUACAGCAUCAACCACCUCGAUAUUGCACCAUCAUAUGCUGGCAUCCUCCUUGGGAUUACAAAUUCAUUUGGCACUAUCCCAGGAAUGGUGGGACCACUUGUUGCUAAAAGCCUAACUCAUAGUAAUACUGUGGGAGAAUGGCAGACUGUCUUCUAUAUCGCCGCUGCCAUUAACUUAUUUGGAGCCAUCUUCUUUGCAUUAUUCAGCAGCGGAGAAGUUCAAGACUGGGCACUCAAUGGCUACCACUUGCAUAGGAACUGAAGGAACCCUGGGGUUAAUCACCGCCACACAUUGCAAUCAUGUGACCUGGAACGCCUUUCACAUGACGUCUGCAAAGCCUAUUGUGACCCUUUCUUGUUGCAGCUGGAAAAUAUUUCACAUUUCAAUAUGCUCAUUCUGUAAGAAGAAUGUGGGAUCCAGUCUUACACAAUUGAUUGGUGUCAGAUACCUAUGACACAUUCUAAUCAAUGUAUCAACUUUUUAAAAACGUGCCUGAAUUAAAUAUUAGUUGGAGGGGGUGUAACACAGAAAAAUAUGAGAUUUUGUGGGUUAAGGUAAUUUUAGGUAAGGGUUGUUAGAAUUAUUGCUGGUUUUAGCUGUAUUUAUUUAUCUUGUAUGAUUAAUCCAAAAAGUAAUGAAAAUUAAAAACAGGGAAUUAAUCCUUGGGCCCUCUUAAAGUAUGUAUUUGUCAGCAUGUGUCCACUGUGACAGGAAUGGGGAACCUCUAGCUUUCCAGAUGUAACUGGACUACAGCUCCCAUCCUCCUCCACCAUUGGCCACUAUGAGAACAGAAUGCUGGGCCUAGAUGGGAAGUAGGCCGAAUCCAGCAGGCUCUUCCUAUGUUCCCUGUGCUGUGUGGUUUCACCAGACCUGUGAAGCACAAACACUGCUACAUCAUGGAGGAAAAUAAGCCCACAGUCUUCUACUAUAUGGAGAAAUUCAGCAAUGAUGUUGAUUUGAAGGAAAGGUUUCUCUUUCCCCUCCUUUUUUCCUCUCACUGUCCUAAUACUCAUUUUGAGCAACAAACCACAAUUAUCCAGGCAGAAUAAGACCAAGUGGCAGCAGGAUCAUACUAAAAGUUGGUUGCAAAAUAUGUACCAACGCAAUCCUGUGCAUAUAUACUUGGAAGUCCCCCUGAGGCUUCAGUGGGACUUAUUCCCAGGUAAGUGAGUACAAGAUUGCAGCCGAAUUGACUAUUAGGUUUCUGAAUGAAUAAACCUGAAGGUUAAACUAUCUGCAUAGGCUCUCUUCAGGGAUUGGGUGUGCCCAUGUAACUGAUUCAGAAUCCUACAGCCCUCAGCCAGUCGUUGACGUCUGUCAGUUCACAUUGCAGAUAAGGCCUGUGUCAGCUUAUUUUGUCACAAUGAGACCCAGAAUACUAGUAAGGGGUUGGCCCACAUUGCAGUGCACCUUCUUUUUCAGAUGAUCUCUCCCUAACUUCAUAUUUGAUGCUAGCAUGCCAAACUGGAAAUGGAGGGAAUAUCCAUGCACAGAACCACCUAAGAGAUACAAGGAAGAAGAAGAAGAAAAAACUUUUUAGAAUAGGUUUUGGGAUUCUUCCCGUACCCGUGCUGAUUUUUUUUUAUUUUUUAAAAACCCAACAAUUAUUGAAGAGCAGCAUUGGGGUUUCUCCACUACUGCUGUGGUUCGAAAAGCCAUGCCACACCCUGGUCAGAAGACAGCCUCCAGAAGUAGGGCUGAGGUUUCAUGUCUACACACUAAGCGUAAGUGCCAUUGAGUCCACUCUGGGACAUAAUUCUGAAGAGCUCUGCCUUGUACGAUGGAAAUGUGAACUUCCGUAGCACUGAAUGUGCAGUUGUGCGUGGGAAUGACAUGGUGGGCUAGGCAGCUGAGGCUUUGGCCUCGAUAUAGAGUACUAGGACACAACAGGCUAAAUGGUCCUCUUUUGGAUCAUUCCAGGUGUAAAGCAAGCCAAAGGGGGACACACUUUGGUGUUCCUUCCACCAACCCAAAGGGAAACCUGAUACACCUCCCACACGCUGCUCCAGUGGAGCCCAGCUGACUUCAUUUCUGAGAAAUGACAGGUUACUUUUGUUAGCCAGCUUUACAUACAUUUUAAUUUGCAUUGAAAUGUUAUAAUGACGUCUUGUCAGCUGUGUUAUAUUUUGCAACUUUCAGUGUAAUAAACAGUGUGGGCAUUUUG